AUGGUUAAGAGAAAGGAUGGAGGGAAUCCGCAAGAGGUCACCGGGGGUGGAUUGAAGUAUGCGAUCCAUAACUUGGAUCUAUCGACAGUGGAGUUGUCCACCAGUCCCUUAGACGACUAUCAGAGACUUUUCUUUGCGAGGUUGCUAUCUAGACCUAAUGUAGAUCAACGACGAAACUUGGAUGUUAAGAGAGUAACUUACAAAUCGAGCAUCGCUGAAGCGUUUGCCAAUCCUGCUUGUGUUGUGCCGGACGCGGGGUUGACUCACGAUGGCGCGUCUCCGAGAAUGCAGUUCUCCCAGAGAAGACCCAGUGGUUCUGCCAAGUAUGUGCUCGACUGUUUCGAGUACCAGUUACCUGAUGUGCUAUUAGGCGGUCAAUCUGGUCUCGAGCAGUUUACUUCGUUGUCCGAGGGAUCGAAGGCCAGAUUAGGGCUCGAUGAGCAUCCUGGGAGAGUAUUGAGUGGGACUAUUUCGAUGCCAGGGGAUCCAGCUCAGUCGGAAGGUUUUGUGGCUCCAACGCAGGGCGAAGGAGAUGAACUAGUUGCAAAUCCCUUGACGAAGAAUCAGCAGUUCAAGUUGCGGAAAAUUGAUCACAGUUUACAGCAGAAUAGUAAACUUAUCAACCCAAACAAUUGCGUCCUGUGGACUCACGAAUCAGGUUACGUGUUUUUAACAGGUAUCUGGAGACUGUACCAGGACGUCAUGCGUGGGUUAAUCAGUCUCCCCAGGGUGGAUGAUUCGAAUAGGGCAGAAGUACAGGAAGUAUGCAAGAAAGAAUUGGAUUAUAUCAGUACUACUGCCUUUUAUGAAUCUGGGGCAUGUCCGCCGGCAGGUUAUAGUGACAGGAGAAAAAGGCGUCAAUCGGCUGGUUCCGAUAUGCCUAGUUCCACGGGACAGGGAUCUUUGAGCUCACCCACAAUACCGACGUCGGCUAAUCCCAGCUCCUCAGUCACUCAUUACACUGAUUUACAUUGGAAUGGCUUAUCUCCAGAUUUGAAGCAGAUGAUGUGCGACACGUACCGAAACCAUUUGAUUCAUGAGAAGGGGUUUUCACCACAGGACUUAGUCAAGUGCGAUUUCGCCGAGGUGAUCAAACGUGUUCGUGGUGGAUAUAUCAAGAUUCAAGGUACUUGGCUGCCUUUGGAAACUGCAAGGUUACUUUGUGUAAGGUUUUGCUAUCCAAUAAGGUAUCUACUAGUACCUAUAUUCGGACCCACUUUUCCCACUGAUUGUGAAAAUUGGUUCAAAUACAUUCAAAAUCAGCUCAAGAUAAGAGAGGCCAACUUGAAUAAGCUCUCACCAAGUCCAGUUGAUGUGGGCACUCAACCCAGGAGAAGAAAAAGGAGAGACUCCACUAGAUCAAAGGUUAGUAAGCCAGUAGGGAAUGAACUCUUGAAUGCUUUCCAAAAUCUGUUGGAUAUCUCAAAGAAUCCUCCAGUAGCAAAUCCUACACCAAAGCAGAUUAGUAGGAGGUCGUCAUCAUGCGCACCGGAAUGCGCUUUGAUGCAAAGAAGAUCGUCACUGGAGAAAUUACCACCGAUCAGUGCAAUAAUGCAAUCAAUCUCCCCUCGUUCAUCGGUGGGACAUCACAGUGAUAGCGGGUAUACUCCGCUAAGAAAUAUACACAGAGAUUCAGGGAUGGAAUCGCAGCCCCCAAUACAUCCCAAUCCAACUGUACAAACACUUUCACAUUUGGCAUCAUUUUAUAACACCAAUGGUCAUAGGUAUUCGUAUCCCGGAAACGUCUACAUGUCUCAUCAGAGACCAGUGUCAAAUAAGAUGCAAUUAACACCAAAUGAUGGACUUUUUGAGAUGUACAUGAAUAAGACAAGUUCAGCUCCAAUGCAGGAGGUUUCAGUGAAAUCAGAAAUGACCAAUGCAACGAACUACAAGCCUGUAAAUUUCACUGAUGGUUCUGACAAGUGGUUCCCUCGCUCUAGAGCCCAAAUUUCAGGUAGCGGUAAUAUUUCUAAUCCCGCCAGCCCUGGUCAAAAGAAUAAUGUGGCUACACUUUCAACUUCAUAUCCCGAGAUGAACGCACCCAUGACGUAUUGGUUUAGUGCUACUCGCUGA